AUCCCAUCCACAGAAACUGAAUAUUCAAGGAACAUACCGUAUUUUUCGCUCCAUAAAGACGCACCUGACCAUAAGACGCGCCUAGGUUUUAGAGGAGAAAAACAAGAAAAAAAAUAUUCUGAACCAAUGGACUGCAGACACAGUACAGGAGAUGACCAGAGACUGCGGACACAGUACAGGAGAUGACCAGAGACUGCGGACACAGUACAGGAGAUGACCAGAGACUGCGGACACAGUACAGGAGAUGACCAGAGACUGCGGACACAGUACAGGAGAUGACCAGAGACUGCGGACACAGUACAG